UCACAAAAAUAUACCAAAGGUCAUCAAGCAAGAUGGAGAACCUCCUUUCCAGGAAGUUGCAUCAAGCUUUGAACUCCCUUUGGACGUAAUUGGAGAAUCUCUGGAAUAGUGGAGCCUUUCAGUUCCAGCAGCUUAAAAAAUCAUUAUAGAGACGGGGUCCACCGAGUACAGUACUAGUCCUGUGCUGAUAAUGAGUCAAACAGGGAAGAAUAAAUUUUAAGCAUCAGCGAUCAGCUGCCACCCCAUCAGGAUAGGGAUCUGACAGCCAGCUGAACGUCUGACUUGCCCAAGUGAACAUAGUUGUGUAGAAUUCGGCAAGCAUGGAUAUAGCAUCCUCAAAACCAGUGAGAGGGGACCAGCUAAUUACAACAGAUGGCUCACUGUGGGAGACCGCCGAUGUCAUAGACACAGUUGGCACAGCAGAUGACGUUGGGGUGCAUGACCCAUUCGUAGGGAUCCUUGUGGCCUCAAUUGCUCUCUGUGUCUUGGUGAUCCUUAUGCUGGUCAUUACUUGCUGCUGGCAAUUAGGGAAGCACUGCAGUCAACGAGGUGAAAGUAUGCCUUUAGGACAGGCUAAGUUAAAACGAGAGUCGACGUUUAUCUCACACGAAGACCAUGCCUGCGGUGAAUUCAGCAUUAGCCCCAAGGUCUUCUGGGAAGAACUCAAGUUGGACGAACUUGCUCUUGAUGAUGAUGAGAUGAAGGACAAGAUUCGCGAGAUUCUUAUUCCAAGGAAUAAACUGUCUAUUCACAAGCUCAUUGGUGAAGGCCAGUAUGCACAGGUCCACUUUGGCACUAUGGUCAGUCCUUCCUUUUCCUGUGAGCAGAAGGUGGCGGUCAAGAUCAUGAAAGAACAUUGGACGGAUCAGGCGAGGAACCUGAUCGAGGAAGGACUGCUGACCCUAGGAUUGAACCACCCAAACAUUCUGGCAAUCAUUGGUAUUAGCCUAGAGUAUACGCACACCAAGCAGAUCAGGCCCCUGGUCGUCAUGCCGUUCCUGGAAAAUAGAGAUCUGAACAGCUUCUUGAAGAACGUUCGACUGGCCCAAAAUCAAGAGUUGUCCUUGUCCUGGCGAGUGGAUAUGAUGAUCCAAAUAGCGACUGGAAUGGAGUACAUCGCCAAUAACGGUAUCAUCCACAGGGACCUGGCCACCAGAAACUGCAUGCUGGAUGACAACUACGUGGUGAAGGUGGCCGACUUUGGCCUGGCCCGGCGGAUAUUCGACAAUGAAUGCUACAAGAUGAGGAUCCGUCAGAGCAUCUCUUGUUGCCUUCCUGUCAAAUGGGUGGCCAUCGAAGGACUGAAUGACUCCAUCUUCACUUCAAGGAGUGAUGUGUGGUCCUUUGGUGUGACCAUGUGGGAGAUUGCCACCCAUGCCAAGAUCCCUUAUCCAGGCUUGGAGAACUUCAAAGUACUGGAGUAUCUUGAGCAAGGCCGUCGUCUUCGCCAACCGGAUGGCUGUCCAAAAACCUUGUACGGCCUAAUGUACACCUGCUGGCACAGGGACCCUAUCAUGCGGCCUUCCUUUGGCUAUGUGAAGGAGCAGUUGGAGGCUCUAAAGGAAACCGUCAGCGCUGCCGACAACUCUGGGUCAGCUACCAUGGCUAGACAGCAACACGAGGCAGCCAUCCAGCAAAAAAACCCCUUGUACCACAAUGCCUGGGUGUAACAUUGCCUUGAGUACUACAGUGAAUGGGUACAUACUGCAGUGCCUGGAUUUCAUUACGUUCUGUGUAAAACAUAUUGGUGUCACUGUUUUGAAUUGGCCCAGAGUGAUCACAUAAAAACUUAUUACCCUCACCGUUGGACAUAAUGUCUCUGCCCCACAGACCAUAUCACAAUGCAGAGAAGUACCAGUCAUUAGUACUUCUGCUGUACUAUAGUUACCUCUAGUGGGAGCAGGCAGCUGGUGUCCGAUACAAUCAGCUGUUGGAUCGCUGCAAUGUUUUGAAGUUUGUUUGAAAUUCAUUUCUUUUGGAACCUUCCAUAAUUUCUGCUGAGCUUGAAGACACAUGCAGAUUUUACUCUUAAAAUGGUAAGAAAGAUGUAAAUAUAUUGCUUGGGAACAAGACACAUGCAACCAAACCAGUUAAUUAAACUGAUAUGGAGAUGUACUGAGACCGCAUGUCACACAACCUUCUAUACGGCUGACAGAUCGAGACGUUUGUCAAUUAAAUUCAAGACCUCCAGGAGAGGAAAGUAUUGCAAAGAAUUCAAGACAGAGGUAUAACAAACCAUUUACUGCAGUGAUGUGGGCCAUGUUUUAACACCCAAAGGACUCAUAGCAUCUGAUGCGAAGCUGAAAGUGCGAUAAGUAUGAAACAUCGUAGAUAUCCCACAUCAAAGCAGUCCAUGAUAUUGAAGUGUAGCACACAGCCAUAGUGUCGCAGUGUAAGGGCCCAUUUACACAAGAGAUGAAGGGUACUCCAUUUACGAUUAUUGGCUUUCCUAUAUAUAUUGGACUGUUGAGAGUGGCCAAACUGUGCAGUGAACCGCCGUAUAAUUAUAUCAACCCAAGCGAUUUCAAGACAGCACUUUUUGACCAAUCAGCAGAAUCAUUUAUAGGUGUGGUGUCAUUGAUUGACGAACAUGGCACAUAAAGCUUCUUCGUCAAAUGCCUUCAAUGCCUCCUGAGGCGCUGUUGUUAUUAAGCAGAUACCAAGCGGUUUUUCUGCCUUGUGCAUAAAUGUAAAACAACAUAUUCCAUUACCGCACUAAUAGCUUGUUCGUGUAAACAGACUCUAAAGUCUUGUACCUCACAAUGCCACAGUGUAAUAAAUCAAUUGGUGUAAAUAAUGUUCAAACUGAAACAACGAUUGAGAAUUGAUGGAAGCACAUUUAAGACUGUGCAACCAGACACUUGUGUUUCCUGCUACCUUUCAUUAUGAGAUUUGAUGUGGGAAUAAGGAUUCUGUUACUGAACUCUGGUAUAAUAUUGUGGCCAUGAUUGGUCAACAGUGGUUGGGGUAGUCUGGUUGGCUUUAUUGGAAGUAGCCAACCAAGAUUGGUCACAAAAUGCAUAGGAGAAAACCAGCAAAUUUUGUUUGUUUUUGUUUUUUGUUGUAUUUUUUUUAAGUAAACGUCAAGCACACGUACAUCAAAUUUAUCUUUCUGCAUUUCCGAUGUAUUUUGCCACAGCAUAGGUAUACUAAUUGUUUAAUAGUUAUCAACUCAUGCUACUAUUAUAAGCACAACAUACAGUUUGUGUCCGUGUGGGGUGAAAAAAAAUGAAUCGCUGUUGUAGCUCGUAAAAAAUAAACACAUUUCGCAAAAAAAAUCUGAAUAUGGAAGUUCUUGGAAAUUCCUGGAGAACGAGUUGAUUUUCCCCAUUUUUAUCUCUGCUUUUUGGGGAGGGGGAGUAAGAUGUCUCUUCCCCCCUUUCUUUGACCAUUACUUUAAGAAGGACAUUGUCACCACACAUAAUCAAUAUAUACCCACUUGUACGUUCGUAUCUCCAUGUUUGUCACCCCCAACCCCAAUGUGAGUGCUGAAUGCUUUAAUCUGCAUGCACCAUUCAACAUCCAGAAAUCCUCAAUCAGUAAAUUAUGAAAGCCCUGUAAUUCCAUCAAAUAUAUAGUUUCAAAAAGUGAAGUAUUUAUCGAGGUCCAUUUUAAGAGAUAUAUUUUUCCGACUACGUUUUAGGAGAUACAUGUAUACUUUUCCAAAAGUUGUUUGUUGAAGACAUACAUUAUACUUCGUUCUAAUGAGAUCUGUAUUUAGAAACAUUGUUUCUGUGUUCGGAAACAAAUUGCUUAAACGAGAUAUAUUUUAUGCUGAAGGUUUUUAUGAGAUAUAUUGUAUAAGUUAAUUUUCAGGAGAUAUACAUUGUCAGGUUUGAAUUUCCUCGUACAAACGAACUUCACAAAAUAUGACUCAUAAAAACGGACUCAAAAACAUAUAACUCAUACAAACGGACUCAAAAAAGCCAACCUAAAAAUUGAUCUCGUAAAAGACAAUUUAACUCCAAAUAUAGAAACAGCAUUACUGCUAAUAGCUUUUACGGGAACGAACUGGAGAAGAUGUAUAUCAGAGGAACCUGGGAAAAUAUAUCUCGUCAAAACGUUGAAAAAAUGAGAAAAUAGACUUUUUGACAAUAUAUACUUGACGGCAAUCUAGGACUUUUGUAGUAAAGUAAUUCAUGCCCGAGUAUCUUGGUUUCACAAGAGAUAGUACCACAAUUUUUAUCAUCUAAAAAAUUUUACCCGUACAAUAUACAGGAAUGUUAAGAAUUACUCUGACAUAUUGCAUAUUUACAAACAGAAAUUCGAUGUGUUAAAAAUGAAAGAAUAUUAAA